AUGGAGCCUUCUCUCCCCACCCAGUGGGUGCGGAAUUCCGCCAGGAUCAGGAGGCUGCUGCAGACAAGCCAGAGCUCUCUGCUCCUCAAUUCCAGCCUCGACACCAAGACCAGAGAUGUGGCCUCUGAGUCUGUGGGCCUCUUCUUCAUGCUCUUGAUUGACUUGACAGCCAUUGUAGGCAAUGUAGCCAUUAUGACGGUCAUCAUCAAGACACCUGCACUGAGGAAGUUCGUCUUUGUGUUCCACCUCUGCCUGGUGGAUCUCCUGGCUGCCGUCACCCUGAUGCCUCUGGCUAUGCUGUCCAGCUCAGCCUUCUUUGACGGCACGGCCUUUGGGGAUGCCAUAUGCCACAUCUACCUGUUCUUGAGCGUCUGCUUCAUCACCAUGUGCAUCCUCUCCAUCUCGGCCAUUAACGUUGAGCGCUACUACUAUGUGGUGCACCCCAUGCGCUACGAGGUGAAAAUGACUGUGGGCCUGGUUGUCUGUGUCCUGGUUGGUGUCUGGAUCAAGGCUGUGGUCAUGUCCAUCAUCCCUAUCCUGGGCUGGCUCUCCCAAGACCGUGCCAGUAGUUCAGCAGCUUAUGGGGGACAGAGCUGCACCUUGCAGUGGAGUCGGAGUGCCUACUGCAAAUUCUUUGUGGCUUUCUUUGCUCUUUUCUACUUCCUCCUGCCUGUCCUCAUCAUUCUGGUUGUCUACUGCAGCAUGUUCAAAGUGGCCAGAGUGGCUGCCAUGCACCAUGGCCCACUCCCCACUUGGAUGGAGACCCCUCGGCAGCGGUCAGAAUCCCUUAGCAGUAGAUCCACUAUGGUGACUAGUUCAGGAGCCCCUCGGACUACCCCUCAGAGGACGUUUGGGGGUGGGAAAGCUGUCAUCAUCCUCCUGGCCGUGGGGGGCCAAUUCCUCUUCUGUUGGCUGCCAUACUUCUCCUUUCAUCUCUACUCUGUGCUGAGCUCCCAUUUCCCCGGCCGGCAGACAGAGAAUGUGGUUACUUGGAUUGGCUACUUUUCCUUCACCUCCAAUCCUUUCUUUUACGGGUGCCUCAAUCGACAGAUCCGAGGAGAGCUGAGUAAGCACCUCACUUGUUUCUUCAAGCAGCCACCAGAGGAAGACCUCAGGUUACCCAGCAGAGAAGGCUCCAUUGAGGAGAACUUCUUGCAGUUCCUACAAGGGACGGGUUGCAAUGCUGAGGCCAGAAACACUCUGACCCAUCCUAGCCCUAAAAGGGACCAGCCGACCAUUGAUUUCCGGAUCCCAGGUCAAAUUGCAGAAGAGACCUCGGAGUUCCUGGACCAGCACAUGAACAGUGACAUCACUGUAUCCGACAGCUACAUCAGGGCUGCACGUUCACCCAAACCUGAGUUGUAG